UGUCAACAUCGCUGUGCAGUGCACUGUAAGACCAGCAAUCACAGGCUAAAACGUAGUUUUUCUUCAUGUACAAAAGGUAACAUGCUUUAGUAGCUACGUGUGGAAGCAAGAACUUGAUGUUAGCCGUCCAUUUUCUGGCUGUCAAUGCAGAGGAUGGCUGUAUCUCAAGCUGGCCAGUCCUCCCUUGUACACAGCUUGGCCACUCUCCUGCGAAAUGAUGGUGACUUGGUGCUGGACGGCAGCAGCACACUGACCUUGCCAGCAGCCAGCUUGCAGCACCUCACCAGGCUGUUUGAACAGCACUUGCUGUCCAGGAGCCAGCAGCAUGGCUUCCUGGCGCUGCCCUCUCACCCUGCUGACACCGCUUCUCUGCUGCAGUUGCAGUUCCUGUUCGACGUCCUGCAAAAGACCAUCUCCCUCAAGCUCAUCAACCCGCCGGAGAUGAUACUUCAGUCUGUGGUGAAAAUCUUCCCGUUCAAGUCACUGAAGUAUUUGGAGCUAAAGCGAAUCCCCCCACACUGUCUAGAGGGACUCAGAGGAAUUUACUCCCAGUUGGAGGUCUUCAUCUGCUCAAAGAGCCUCAGCUCUCUGGAGGAGCUGCUUUCUCUGUGUGGAGGCGACCUGAGCUCUGCACUGCCUUGGCUGGAACUGCACACCCUUAACUUCAGCUACAAUUCCAUUAUCUGCCUUGACCAGUCACUAAGUUUACUGAACGUCCUGAAAACUCUGGAUCUAAGCCAUAACAAGAUUCAGGAGUGUGCUGAAUUUCUAAAGCCCUUGAGUGAACUGGAACACUUGAAUCUGGGCUACAACUGCCUGCAGAGGGCGCCAACGCUGGGCCUGAGUGCCAGGGCCAAACUCAUGACACUCAUCCUCAGGAACAAUGAACUGGAGACUAUAAACGGUGUGGAGCAGUUGUCUUCACUCCGGCACUUAGACCUGGCCUACAAUCUUCUGUUGGAGCAUUCACAGCUGGCUCCUCUCUCCUUGCUGCACUGCCUCAACACACUCAAUCUGGAGGGCAACCCGCUGUACUUCCAGAAGACCCACCGCACCUGCACCGUCCGACAUCUGUCUCCAAAGGCUGCUAAUCUUAGGCUCAAACUUGAUGGUGUCCCGCUUUCCUCGUACGAGUUAUCAGUUCUGCCUAAACCAGGCCAACUGAUCUUCCAGGUCCAGACUUCGGCUCCAGUUGUGAUGCCACCGGAGCGGAGUAACCCAGAAGUGUCCAGUGGUCCUGGGGAGCUCAGUGACAGCCUGUCAGUUGGAGAAGUGGGAGUCUCACACAUUCGCAAGAAGAAAUGCAGAACUAAAGUCAAAGUGCGGAGGGCCAGCAUAUCCGAGCCCAGUGAUACAGAUUAUAAGCCCAGACAGCUGUCCUCCUCACAGAUAGGUAUUCACCUUCCCCACCAGCAGGAGAUCGAGCGCAUGUCCAGCUUCAGAGAGCAGCUGGGGGAGGAUUGGCUGAGGUAUCAGCACCAUCUCGAUGGAUCCUCUGCCAUCACCACCACUGCGAACACCAGUCAGCCAACCACUCACCAUCAAACUCUUCCCAAUGGCUUCAGCACCACCACCCAGUGUCCAUCCACCAGCCCCGGGAAGCAGCCGUCUCCACCAUACCUGGAAUUCCCAAAGGUCCUCCCCACUCCGCCUCUCUCAUCUGAACCAAGGGUGGAAACUUUGGACGUGGAUGGAGACCAGGAAACAGAAUCCACCCUGCAGUGGCCCAGUCAGAGCACUCGACACACAGAGUCCACGUUGGAGGACAGCAUGGUGUGUGGUCAGGUGGUGAGCCAGGGAGUUAUAAGCUCACCGGGGCCAAGUCCAGAGUCCCAAAGGUCGGCUAGAGCAGGAAGUGGAAACAUUAAGGAGGAUGAAGAAGAGGAGGACUUAGGAGUGGACCUGUGUCACCCCUUACUUGUGGGUGUCUUAUCUGACAAAGAGGAAGGAGAUGCCACUGGCCAGGGGGGUAAGGGGAGGAGGAGGGAGGUGUUUCUGUGCAUAAAACAGGGCCUGGUGCUGGAGGUGGACAUGCAGCGAGGCCAGGAGAGAUGCCGUCUGGAGCUGGACAGCCUGGCUGGGGUGGAGACCACAGAGGCCGCAUGGACCCGUGUGGAUACAGAAGAGAUGCUUCCAGCUGUGGAACUUCAGUUUGACUACAUCAGCAGGGAGAAGAGGAGGAGACGCUACGUCCUGCUGGAUGAUGACCCACAACAGGCACUACAGGCUCUGACCGACGUGCUGUCUGAUGUGGUGGAGGAAAACCAGCGGCGUGACUCCGAGCUGCGCCCCAGCCACGUUCGCCUGCAGUGCCUUCGCUGCAGGUCAGAGUUUGUGCCCCAGGGAGAGGGCAGUGAGGAGGAGGCCGGAGGGAGAUCGAGGCGGAGAGGGGCUGCGAUGCUGCCGGAGGGUGUGGAAGAACAGGACAGGGAGGAGCAGACAAGGGCAGAAUGUGAUGGUGACCGCAAAGGAAACAGUACUGUUUGUCCAGAAUGUGGUAGCGAUCAUGUGGUCCAGCUGGCUGGCCAAUCCACUCCCUACAGCAGCACGCCCAUCCGUCAUCCGUCAAGGCCCGACAGUGAGGACGAUCAUCUGGACAUAACCCAGAGCACUCGUAGUGUCAAUAAGGACGACUACACAGAUGCCAGUAUUAGCAGUAGUCCCAUCCUGGAGUCUGUCACCACUGUAGAAGAUCCUACCUUUGUCACUGCCCAGGGAAGCUCCUUCAUCACCAGGGACGAUGCUGGUGACACCUACAGCCUCUCCUACAACACAGAGUGCCAAAGUAAAGAGGACCUGGCCGGGAGCUACCACUACACCGCCACUGGUGCAACACCACCCGAAGUCCAAGCCCAUCCUGCAGGAAGAUCCGCUCCAAACGAUGAUGUGGACCUGCUGUCUGAGGACUAUGAAGCCGUGGACCAUCGGCUGAAGCUUUUCCUGGAUAUGGAGGUUUUUGAGGAGGAGGAUGAGCUUCACUCUUUCCUCAAGAUGUCAGCUGUAAAAUUUGGGGAGCCAGGGGAGGUUCCCUCUCUGCUCGUGGUGUCAAACCAGCGAAUCUAUUUCCUGGAAAUGACUUCGGAGAUGCACAGAGGCCAGCUGUCUGAUUGGCUGCAGAAGAGGGACAGCCACCCAAUCAUGGAGCUCAGCUACCUGGAGGUGGGGCUGGGCUCUCAGAGCAUCCACAUGGAGUUUGGAGACAGGGGCGUGGCCUACACCCUCCUUGUGAGGGACAGUUUACGUUGCAAACGCUUCUUUGGCCUGUUGACAGGAAUUGUGCGUGAGAUGGCUCAUAAAUCAGACAGCAAGCUGAAGUCCAUCUCUACGACAAGACUCAACCCCCAGCACCAUCUCUGGUCUCUGGUGUGUGAAGACAUCCAGGCAGAUGUGGAGGACGGCCAGCUGCAGUUUUUCUACAUUCUGGCCUUUGUCCUGCAAGAGGACAUUUGGACGCCGCUGACGGUCCUGGCAACCCGGGAAACGCUCUACCUGCUCAAAGAAGAUCACCAGUGGACGAAAAGCUCCAACAGCCCGACGGGGAAUGAAAACAAAGAACCACGCAGCGGAAGCGUUGCUGUUUUAGAAACACUGCCAAUCAGCUGCGUGAGCUCGGUCCACCUGUGGCCUUCAGAUCAGUGCAGAAUAGACAUCAAGCUUUACGAUGAGAUUGUGAAACAGGAGAAGAUGUGGUGUGUGCGCUCGGAGAGCACUGAGCUCCUCCAGGGUCUGCUGGCCUGGGUCAGAACACAGUGGGAGGCCAUGUUCGGAGUAAAACUACACACAAGCCUGCAAGACAAAGCAGCAUAAUGGGGGAGGGCAUGGAAAAAAAGUGUGUGUGUCUGCCCCUGUGUGUUUUGUGAGCAUGAAUCUGCUUGUUGGUUCUGGGAGAUGUUAAGUGAGCGUGAGCAAGUGUGUCUUUAUUUGCUCUCUACACAAUCUGCACUCAGUCUGGUCCCAUUACUCUCGCUGCUUUCAUCGCCUUUUAAGCCAAGAACUUGGAAAUGAUUGCACUCAUUCAUGUGGUACACAAGUCUGUAAAAGCACUGGUUGCAUAAUUUUUCCUCCAGAUACCAUCCCACUGAACUUUCCUACAGCUGAAAUGGAGUGUGCCUUGUUUCCUCUGCAGCUGCCAUGUUUUUUUAUUGAAAUGCACCUUAAUGCAUCUUGUGUUGUUCUUCCUUCAUUGUAGCAUCAGGCUGUUAUGGAGCAGGUUUCGGGAGGUUUGGAACUGAGAGAGCAUUAAGUUGUGAAGAAAUGUUGUGUCAAAGGAUUUUUAGGGGAGUAAUACAAGGAGCUGAGACUUAAAUCUAACCCCCCCACCCCCCCGCCUUUAAGCUGAAUUUCCUCGCCAUCUUAGGGUGCAGCGAGUUGUGAUAUCACGCGCUCAGCACGAGGCUGGGGGUGCUUCUGAAAGGCCCCGGCUCCAGCCUGUCAUCGAGGGUCACUUCACACCCUUUCCACCCAAUUAGGGUCUCAUGAUGUGUCUCGGCACUGUGUUACGUGAAAAGAUGAACGGUAGCAGCUCUUUUCUUUAAAACUUGGGAACAGAGGUUCAUUUUGUUAAACUUGGUAGUGUUUUUGUUUAAUUUCAGAUCAGCUGGAGAAAAUAUGUUACGUACCAGUAACCGGCAGUACAUCCUUACGUCUGUUUAGUUUAUAUAUCAGUUUAAAAUGUGCUGCACCUGUGAGCCACUGUGAUGUGACACUGUACAGAUGCAGUAGAGAUCAGUAAUUCAGUACUGUUAAUUUAGAUUAACCAGUAUAACUUAAUUUAUUUCUUUGUGAUCAUUUUUUCUUCAUGGGUUCAGUCAGAAAAGUGUCUUUUAUUUUUGUAUCAGUAUGAAGGAGAAAUGAUGUACGAUGUGUUUAAUUCAGAAUAAAAGGAAUGUGUGUGUUCA